AUGGCGGCCAAAACAGAGUCGCAGAAAAAGAGUAGGUUAGAUUGGCGGAAAGAGAAAGAGUUAGAAGAAGCUAGAAAGGCUGGUACAGCGCCAGCUUUGACUGAUGAGGAGGGAAAGUGAGUCGAUGCUUAUGAUUCUAUUUUAGUCGAGUUCUGUUUGAUUAAAAGCCUUACCGUUGAAGGUACUAGCAGCAUUGUUUAGAUGUCAUACUGAAAUUUGUUUUACUAUAUUUUCCAGGGACAUUAACCCUCAUAUUCCGCAGUAUAUUUCCCAAGCGCCUUGGUAUUAUGGAACAUCAAGGUAGGAGAACAAAAGAUGAAUAAUAUUCUAGUACAUAUUGUAUAAAGUUCCUUUGCCCUUUUCAUUCUCCUUUCCAGCUCGUCCUUACUGUCUACACAAACUUGUUCUGACAUUUGUGAAAGGAAAUUAAAAGAAUAUUGAUCACUAUAUUUCUUUUGUCCUUUAGGCCUACUUUGAAACAUCAACGACCUCAGGAAGACAAACAGAAGCAGUUUUCUUCCAUAAAUGAGUGGUAUAAGAAAGGAACAAAUUUAGUAAGUAAAGAGUUUGGAAUUUUACAAAAAUCUUUUCCCCCUUGACAGCUCUGUCAUGGAAAUGCCAAGGGCAUAUUUGAUUGACCAUAUUUCCAAUAAAAAUACAUGGAAUAAUUUUUUGGCUUUCAUUGCCUGCUAAAUUCAGAAAUCUCAUGCCACCUCACCUCACCUAUCCUCUUUGUGCCUUGUAGCACAUAAAGCUUUCACAGAGUCCCUCCACUUAUCUCGGUUAGCUGCAAUGGUCUUCACUUCCUCCUAUGACUACCACCCUGCUUCUACCCUUUCCUUUCCAACCAUUUGUCUGAAGGUGGGUUUUUAGACUGUGAGUAGUCCCCUAUUUUUCCUCAGGGAUAGAAGAGCAUGCUUGAAAAUCACCCCAUGUGAGAAAAGGAGACACACAGCAGGGAGAGAGAAAAUUGAGGGACUACUGACUCAUCUUCUCUCUCUCCCCGCUGCGUAUCGUCUUUUCUCACAUCAGGUGAUUUUCACGCACGCUCGCAUUUUGCUCGCUCUACUAUCCCUUAGGAAAAAUGGGGGACUACUAUUCUUUUUCCUUCUGGUGACCAAAUCAUUGCUAUGUUGAAGUUGCUGUCUUGGUCCUGUCUUAGUAUAACUGUAUGUCCAAAAUCCAGAAAUCUGGGGGAUAUAAAUAUUUAUUUAAAACAGUUGAAUGAGCUGGAAAUUUUGUCCUGUAAAUGUAUAUUGUUUUUUACAUAUUACAGCUGUAAUUAUAUAAACAGAAAUAUAACAUUAAAGAUCUUAUUUACAAUUAUAGGUGCCAUCUGCUACUAAGUUUAGGAAAGGGGCCUGUGAAAACUGUGGAGCAAUGACACAUAAAAAGAAAGACUGCAUGGAGGUAUUAACAUAAUUUUUUUAUCCUUGAUGUCCUUGAAAAUCAGUAUGUUUUAUGCACCAUUGGGUUUCACUAGUCUUUAUGUUUUGUGGAAGAAAUAUUGGGUCGCAAUUUUAAUGAACAUACAAUCAUUUUAUUAUAAAAUUAUUCAUUCAUUCAUAUAUUUACUCUUUGCUAGUCAACCCUUGACAUAAUCUUGCUCUCAAAUCUCUCUGUAUUUAGACAGAAAACUGUUUCUCACACACAACUGGGAGAAGCUGACCAUGCAACAAAAACAACUUUUAAGUGAAAAUAUUUUCUUGAACAAACAGACUUUGCAAAGAAUGAAUAAAUAUUGUACAUGCCUAAGCACAUGCAGAUCACAACACUCAUGUCAUUCCCUCACAAUCUAGGCAGUUUAAGUAACCAAUCAAAAUAAAUGGAAUUUCUUGCUUGACCAGAUUUCCCCUUCAGCUUUGUUGACCACAGAGGGUUCGAUAUUAUCCUUGAACAAUCUUGCUGUAAACUUAAACUUGUGACUGUGUGUUUAUAUAUACUGUAUCUUUUAAUCUUGAGUGGAAACCAGUUUUACACUAAAAGGGCUAAAUUAUGGUUUUUUAGCUUUUCAUUUUCAAAGCAUUUCUAAGAUCAAUGGUAAACAUGACAGUAGUAGAUUCAGUAUUCCUGAAUUGUAGGGUCUUUUUUCUUUUGAGAAUAAGUCAUAACAACAGUUUUACUUACCGUUACUCCUAUUUCAAUGCUUUGAAUGAUAGUUCCUUGCAAUGUAGUGAGGAGAGAGGUAUAAAAAUUUGUCUAAAUUUACCUCAUCCAUGGAUCGUAUGUGGAUCCCUGAGCCAGAAGUGAACACCCUUUUGCUAAAUUUCUUUCAGUUCUGUUGGUUUCCUUGAGACACAUAUUUCUAGUUGUAAUUGUUCUUUUCCAAGUGGGCUGAUUACUUCCGUGUAUUUUGUGUGCACUGUUCAGAGACCCAGAAGAGUUGGAGCUAAAUUCACUGGAGAUGAUAUAAAACCUGAUGAACAUCUACAACCACAACUGUCGUUUGAUUUUGAUGGCAAAAGAGACAGGUAAGAGAGACAGGCAUUGUUUUUUUCUUCCUUUUCUUGGAUGCUUUAAUUUUAAUAAUGAUGAAAAUGGCUAGAAUGAUAAUAUUUAUUAAUUUUCGGCAAACUCCACAAAUCCUUGCUCUCUGAAGAACUUCCACUUUUACCAAUAUUUUAUUAUAGAGUUCUGAAGUGUGAUGUCAUAAAAAAUUAAAUUUGUGAAAUUAUGGGAUUUUUCGGGGUAUUAAGAAUGAACCACUUUCAAAAUGCCUAGUUGCCAAAAAUUAGCAUACCAGGGCAAAUUGCCUUUGUGAUAUUAGCCCAGUUAUGUUCUGAUGACUCCAUACAAAUCCUUCUAAAUUUGACUCAGUUCAUAACGUUAGGAACCGAGUCAAAUUUGGAAGGAUUUGUAUGGAGUCAUCAGAGCAAAACGGGACUAGUAUCUCUGAGACAAUUUGCCCCACAAUGCUAGUUUUUGGCAAGUAGGCCUUUCAGAUGUUGUUCUUUCAAAAUAUCCCAACAAAUCCCAUAAUUUAGGAAAUUUCAUUUUUAUGACGCAUGUCAUCACUUUAGAACUCUAUGUGUCAGGGUUUUAGCUAACCUGCUCCACACACAGAACAUACUCAGGCUAAGUCAAUCUGUGAAAGAGCAACCAAAAUCCUUGUUCUGGGUUCACACUUGUCAUUGCCAUUUUGUCAAUUUGCCAAUCAGGAUGAAAGGAAACUUGAAAUGCACCACUGUUGGGGACACGGAAGAAAUAUCUUGGCACUGUUUCGCUGACUUUACUAACCAAGGUUAAAUUGCGCCUGUGGCACAGGCUAGGUUUUAGCCAGGAAAUUGUAAGCAGUCCAACUCAACUCAGCUGGACUCCAAUAUGCCCACCUGCUAACUAGUUAUAGUCACCAUGCAUCAGACUAAUGAUUUUUUUGUUUGAAUGUUUUAAAUGUCAUUUUAGAUGGAAUGGUUAUAAUGUCGAUGACUACAAGAAGACUGUUGAGGAGUAUGUUAAGCUAGAAAUGGUACGUAUUGGACUAUUAGUUAAAUUUUUCACAGUUGAAUAACCACAGUCAUUGCAAGAUCAACCACAAAAGUACGAGGCAGUCAGUAAAGAUGAAAUUGUUUACUGGAAUCAGACUAAUCUGACUACAGUCAACAUUCUCAUAGAGACCAUUUCUCAUAAGCGACCAAUUUUAAAUAACCAUUUUGUUUCUCAGUCAAAUACUGUUUUAAAAACUCUCUUGUAAGCUUUGUUACUGCUUUUUAAGGUCUGUAUUGAUCAUCUAUUUGAUACAUGUAACCUCAAGUAUGGAAAAAGAAAUUAUUAUUUUGAAAAAAAGUCUGGAAAAAUCUGUACAAACCCUGAUAUAAGCUCAACCAACAAGAAGACCUUGUGUAUCUUUAGGCCAAACAACACCUGAAGGCAGAGCAGCUUGAACAAGAAUUAGCAGAAGGCAAAAAGGCUGAAGUAGUGGAUGAUGCAGAUAGUGGUGAUGAAGACAAGUAUGCCGACAGAAUUGAUAUGCCAGGACAAAAAUUUGACACCAAGAGGUCAGUUUUAUUCCUCAUUUUUGAAAACUUCAAAGUUUGUGGCAAACUAAAAUCUUCCUAUUACAUUUCAGCCAAUUAAAGUAGUUGCUCCUAUGCCUUAUUGAAAUUAUUGAUAUUUUCUUGGUACUUUUCAUGAAUUCUUAGGCGAACAACUGUGAGAAACUUGAGAAUUCGAGAAGAUACAGCAAAGGUACAAUGAAGUAGAUUAUUUAUUUUUAUUAUAAUCAUUGUUGGUGGUGGUUUUAUUGAAAGUGAUCGAUGAAUAAUAAUAUAAGGUUUUACAUGUAUGUAUGCUUUUGAGGCUGGGGUGAUGUCUUUGUAAAUGUAUUAAUUAUUAUUUUUUUCAGUUUCAAAUUAAUCUUAACAUUUGCCAGUAAUUCUCAAGAGAUUUCUUCCUGCAGAUCAUUCUGCUGUCAUACCAUGUAUUAGAUUUCACCGCAGACUCAGACAGUUCGAACCAUAUAACCUGACCAAAAUAUUCUGUUAUAGUAUCCAAAACUACCAUUAAUGGAGGAGAUUAGACACUGACCCCAGAGGUUCAAGUGUGAGCCUAACCUUGAAUCUAUUUUUCUAGUAUUUGUACAAUUUGGAUCCCAACUCAGCAUACUAUGAUCCUAAAACAAGAUCCAUGCGAGAAAAUCCCUUCAAGGAAAGUGAAGGAACUCAAAACAAGUAAGUGCAUUAUAAAGCGCUGUCUUAUCAGACACGUAGAGCUAUCUUAAUAAAGACAAACACCUAAAGUCCUUCCCCACUGUUCUUCAAUCAAUGUUUACUUUCUGUAAGGAGGGCACCUCCAUUUAACACUGACUUUGGGGCAUUUCCAACAGUGUCUGUCUAAGAGAGAGUUAGCACGGUCCAUGUUCUAUUUUGCGUGGCAAGCUCUUUAAAUCUUUCAAAGUGAAUUUUUGUACAGCAUUUGGUUGGACAAUGUCUGUAGUAUAGUGUUACACAUUUUUGUUAUAGCCUCAAUAUGUUCCUUGUCAUGGCAAAAGCAGUGGUUUAUAACAGUAGCAGAAGCCACUACUGUACUGAGUUGAAAAAAUGUUCUACUACUUGUAAUAUUAUUAUUAUUAUUAUUAUUAUUAUUAUUAUCAUUAUUAUUAUUAUUAUUAUUAAUUUAGUUUAGUUGAAAUGAACCAUUUUUUAAUGAAUUUUUCCAAAUAUAUGAUAUAUUUUUAAUGGAUUGUGAAUUUUUUUCAAUCGAAAUUAAAUGUCUUUUUUUUAUCGAAAGGAAUAAUGUAAAUAGUGCUUUGACUAAAUAGUUUUUUUAAGUGAAAUUAAUUGUAAAUAGGAUUUUAUAGUUGAAUAUUUAUAAUUUAUUAUUAUCAUUACUAUUAUUAUUAUUAUUAUUUUACUCUCAGUGUGACCUAUCAAGGAGAUAAUUUUGUUCGUUACUCUGGAGACACACGGAAGAUGGCUCAGACACAAAGUAAGUCCUGCAUCUCAAUCAUUGCCCUUUUUCAUUUUAGCUAAUGAGGUUAAGCUCGAUUUGUUUAUCUUGCACCAAUUUGGGGUCUUUUUCUAAACAGACCUUCACUGUUUUGAUGGAGUAGAAAUGUAGAAAUGUAUUUGAUCAAAAAAAAAUUGGAGAAGCCAUACUUGAAACAUUUGAUUAUUAUUUUUUUAUCAUGUAGUUAAUAUUUGCACUUACCAUGAACAGUUCUUGUACAUUGUAUAAAUAGUAAUAACACAAUUUUACCGAUACAUAUACUAUUAAUAUAUUUUGUAAAUCAGAUAUGAUGUAGAGCUAUUUGUAAUAAAGUUUUGUUAACAAACCAUUAUAAUAUUAAUUUUUGAAAAAACCGUGAUGGAUUAUUCCAUACACCAAAUGCACUGGCCUUUUGACAAGCUCAGUUUUGAUGUUGAGAUUCAGAUUUGCUUUGAUUGAGAUUCAACUGUACAUGUAGCUUAAGUUGAUGAUAAAUUUGCAAUUACUUCUUAUUUUGCUCAUUUUCUUUUGACAAUCAGUGUUUGCUUGGGAGGCUUAUGAGAAAGGAGCUGAUGUUCACUUACAAGCUGAUCCUACCAAACUUGAACUGUUACACAAAGAGUACAAGGUGAAAAAAGGUGACUUUGAACAAGACAAGAAAAUGUCAGUUCUCGAAAAGGUGAGAAUUUUGACCAUGAAUGAAAGAAAUUAUUGAUUUUUUAAACUUUUUUCAUAUCAGUCUUUAAAUCCACAGUAUUUUGCUUCGUAAUGAGGAAGGAGAAAGUUGACUUUAUCAGAAAAAAGCCACAAAACAAAAGUGGGAACAAAAAAGCAGGAUAAAAUAUCAUGAAGUUCGGAGUUAACAAGAUGGGAUGCAAUAGUCUCCUCCAGCAAACCUUAGUAUAGAGUUUGUGACAGAGUUAGUUUUAUUCUCUGGUCUAAUGACUUUCUUUUAACAGUAUGGAGGUGAAGAACACUUGAAUGCACCUCCCAAAGAACUGUUGUUGGCACAAACGGUAAGUUUUUAAGAAUUACAAUAUACACUUAUUACUCUAUUUAAUUAUAAAUGGUUUAUUUCAAAAACAAUGAAUUGUACUAGAAUUGUUUGCACACAUUCUGCUCAGCUACUUUAACUAACAAAGAAAACUGCAUCCCACCAAAGAGGACACAGCACUGCAAUAUCUACAUUUUCAACGCUGUGCUCUAAGGAAAAUUGAAGGAAGCUCAGUCCUCUGAAACUGUAAAAUCUAGGGUGCCCAGCAUAUGAUUUGUAUGAAAAAUCUGAGAUUUUCUAGUCGCCCGAGGGCAAAAGUUAGGCGCCAGGGGCCACCGGGCUCUGCUAGAGCACAGCCCUGAUUUUAAUUCUAACUGAUAUUGGAGAGUAAUGGUGUACAAAUCCCAGUGAAUGUUGUCCACUGAACACCGUUUUCUUGUUUGCCCUGCUGUGGCCUUAGAUGUGCGAUCCAAGAAAUUCCCAGCCCCUAGCUUGUAAACCAGUUUUUUCCUGUUCCCCUUGGAACCAUUCAUCAAGUGGUAAAUCGUAGAUAAAUUAUAUGGCAUAUCUACAUUGACUUACUGUUAUGUCAUCUUUUUUCUGUGCAGGAACAAUAUGUUGAAUUCUCAAGGACUGGAAAAGUUAUAAAAGGUAAGCUAAGAACUGAGACCACAACAAGUUUUCUUGUCUGUGUUACUGAUGUUGUUAGGUUUCACAGCUCUGUAAAGAACAUGUGUUACAUGUCAAAAUUACAUUCAUUUCUAACCUAGAUUGAUUCUCAGUUUCCUUUGUCUCCUAAUCCUGAUUAUUCAUAAUGAACAGGCAAGUUUUGUAUUCCCAGGCAGCCUAGGAUGAGUGCUUGUUUUGAGUGAAAGUGAAGCUAAUGCGUGUCACUUCUCACCAAGAAAACAAACAAACAACAGAAAAUUUUCCAGCUGAGUUGCUGAAAAAAGGGAAAAUUCUAAGCAUUGAAAGGUUCUUAGUUCCAUAGUACCAUAGGAAAGUACUUGUAAGAAGCUUUAUUAUUUGAAUGGUCCACUUGCCCAAAUUAAAUGAGUGGAAUUAAUUCUUAAUAAAUAAAUCCUUAAAUCCAGAUUUAGAUAUGAUCAACUUGAUCUGAUGAAUCAUUGUAGUGUGAAUAUAAUCCUUUUUUUAUUUUUCUAAAGAACUGCGCAUGUUUUACCUCUCUUUUGCAUUCAACAAUCUGGAUUUGGAUUUUCCCACAGAAACACACCCUCUGAAUGGAAUCCCUUGUUUUCUUAUAUACAGGUCAGGACAAAGCUGUUUCAAAAUCCAAAUAUGAAGAAGAUGUGUACAUAAACAACCAUACGGUAUGUUAGCAUCAACAUGCAUAUUGACUAGAUUUGCCUCUCUGCAUAUAAUUUUUAUGUUUCUAAUGAGGAGAAUUUGUUUUUGAUUUCUAAAUUAAAGGGUUCAUUUUCCUUACAACCUAACAGCCUGGUUAAAAAUCUCUAGAGCUAAAGUUACUACAAUGCUUUUUUCAUUUGGAAAGCUGCCGGACAAUCUCAAUCCUCUUUAGUUAUUUUAGUUAUUGAUCCAGGGACAGGAAAAAUUUUCAUUCAUUGAGGAGUGCUGCAGUUACAGAUUAAAGAUUUGGUCUCCUGAUGUUAUUUUACAGAGCGUUUGGGGUUCUUACUGGCAGGAGGGAAAAUGGGGAUAUGCCUGCUGUCAUUCUUUCAUUAGAAACUCGUACUGUACCGGUGACGCUGGCAAAACAACAUCAGCUUCAAGGGUAGGUGUUGAAUGCACUCUGACGUGACAGUUACAUGUUAUGUCGUACAAAGGUAGUAAUUUUAUAGAGGUUGUUAUCUUGGGGAUCAGGAGAAAUAGUAGAAAGUCCACUAAGCUUAAUUAUCUUACUAGUUUAAAUUCAGGCACUCCACUUCAGUUGCUCAAUUAUAAGCAAGUAAUCCAAAUAGAACAUAACAGGAUUAAAAAAACCCACCUGCUGGAGGUAACUAGUUGGCUAUUUACAAGCAUGGCCGAGGUAUUGAACUCAGAACAUCUGAGAACAAAUCCUGCAAGCAGCCCACAAGAUUGUGAGUUCGAAGUGCUGACCACUCUGAGACUUUGCCUUCUGAGAACUGUCCAUAAACAUAAACUUAAGGUAUUCAUAUUAUGUAGGUUUCUGUAUGGAGAAAUUCUAUUGUAUGUAAGUGAAUGCAAGUUGUGAUCUGGUUCAGUACAGAAUUCAGUAAAUAUUAUUAACUGAAUGAUCUGUGAUCUGCAGGCCAUUGCACCUGUAACAGAUGCAGCAACAAGAAUUCAAGAAGCAGAAGAAAGUGGGAAAACAUUACUGGAGGUUUGUUUGAUUCAUAUGCAUUAUGGACCAAAUAUGAGGCCAAUUUGCCUGGAUGUUGGCCAAGUCUUUUUUUUUUACAUUUUUGAGGAGCAAGACUAAGUCAAUGUUACUAAAAAUGCAAAAAAGGGUAGGCCAAUACAGACAAGAGUAUCAAAUUCAAACCUGCUUUGUUGUAUGCAUAAAAGCAGUAAAUUUUAGACUACAACUUUCCUGAAUAAUUUUUUGGCCAGACUGAAAAUUUUUUCACACAUAGAAUGCCUGGAUAAAAAUCCUCUGAAGACAUUUAUAUCAGGUCAAAAAGAAAGCUGAACUGACAGCAAAUGUAUGCAAGAAUGAAAAACUGAAUCUGAAUAAGUGAAAACAUUAAUAGAAUGUAUGGAAGUAUUCUUGACCUGGCUUGAUAUUAGAUGAUAAAAAUUUUGUGACCUAUGGGCUAGCCUUACUGUAAAACUGUUUUCUCAAAGUUGGGCCUUUCACGCAAAAUAGAUGUUGUAAUUAAUUUUUCACCGCACUUAAUUUUUAUUUUUCCUUUGUUUCAAAUUCAGUGGCAUACAUAACCAUACCCAAAACAGUGGAAAAAUUGAAAUUACCUGAGUUAAAAAAUUAACUACAAUAUAUACCUCUUUAAGAAGGACACCUGGCAGUGAUUCUGGAAUAAUUAUUGUUUCUUUGAAAAAAAUUUUCUUUCUGGCAUAACCAAAAUUAUUGUAUUUUGCUAACUUUUCAGCUUCAUCAAGAAAAUCGAAAGAAAGGAAAGAAAAGAGAGAAGUCAGUAGAUGAAGAUGAUGAGGAAGUGAAAAGGGACAAACUUAAAAAGGUGGGCCGCUCAUAUAUAACUUUGGAUUAAAAUUGUAACCUUUGAUUGUAGCACAAAGGGAAUGAAUUUGCACAUGCUACCUCCGUGUCAGUAAGUUACUUCUUGUGAGUUGCACUGAUGAAGAUUGUGGUUGCGAUCCAAAUUUAAGAUGUGGACAGAAUCUGUGGCCUGCUGUCACUAUGUUUUUUAUUUUGCAUGGAGCGAGAUUUGAUAAUCAUCCAGAAGGUAUUAAAAUAAUGUCAAGUCAUCACACUCUAAUGCUUUCUAAUUCGUGUUUUAGGCGCUAAGGAAAGAGGAACGUAACCAGCAAGAAGCUGACAAAUUACUGGCUAUGGAUGAACGUAGAAGGCCUUACAACUCCCUCAAAGGUGAUUAUCAUGAGGUGACCGAAGAAGAGAUGGAGGCUUAUAGGUUAAAACGUCGCCAAGAAGAUGACCCAAUGAAAGACUUUCUUUAGUAAUGGGAAAAGUGUGGGCAGUAAUACUUCAAAGUUGAAUUGCAUGUUCAAACUUGUGUCAAGCUUUGCAGUCAACGCUGAUAGAAAGACUUACUUACUUGAGGAAGUUACAUCAAACAUCGAGUGUAUGAGACAACAGAACUCGAUCAUUGAGGACCGACCGAAUGACCGGACUGAUCAAAGUGAACCACCUUGAAAAAUGUUGAUGACCAGUUCUGAACGAACCGAAGUGGUCCAUUCCAUUUGAUUUCUAACCGAAGUUUCCGGAAUUUGGGGCUGAAUGGAAAGCGCCUUUCCAUUUCUGUGGCUGCUUGAAUAUAGCCAGUAAAAGGCUGCUGUGGUUGCGCGCGCGUUGAUGGUCUUAAGGAGGAUCUUUUUUGGUUCGCUUUGUCGUUACUUUUUUAUUUCACGUUUUCCACGUGUCUGCCAUCAUUACACGAACAUGUGAUAGUUCAGCAAUACAUGGUGGUAGUGGCAGCGCUCGACUGGGUCGAAAAUCAAUUUUGAUUUGAUAUUGUUUUGAUUUUAUUUCAGUUUCUUUAUUUGUCUUUUAAUUCAAAAUGAAAAAGAAAAAUAGUUACAAAUAAAAUGAAAAUUAUCAAAAAUAAAUUUUAAAAAACCUCAUUUUUUUAAGGCAGUUCUCGGCCACCAUAGAGCUGUUUCGGAGUCGGUAACAUAUCGUCACUUUAUCAAGAACUGUCUCAGAAAGGCGGUACUCUGCAAAUAUGGACCUUUUUUAUCAUUUUCUUGUGAAACCUGAACCAUCGCAAUACCUAACAAACAGUCGGUGAGUUUUGCUUUGCAAAAUUUGUAUUUUGGACGUUGACUUCGUCGUUGAAUUAAUUGUAAAUUUAUUGUUUCCCUUUGCUUAGAAAAUUUAACCAUAGUUAGUAGAGGAGACUGGUUAUGAAAGCCAGCAAACAUCAAAGUUGAAAACAACGGUGCUGUAGUUUAUGUUAGAAUCUCCCUCACCGUGCACAAUCCUUUGUUUUUUGUUCACAAAUUGUCACUUAAUAAAUAAAUGCGGUGUCUGUAUUGGUCAGUAAGCUUCAAAAUGAUAGGUAUGCUAUUGAACGUCGUGCACAGUCAGGUCCCAAAAAAGCUUACAAAAACAUAUAAAGAAGGAGUCUAACGGGUUUCAUAAUCAUCCCACUUUAAUAACUAUGAUUUAACUAGAGACUUGCCAACCUCCAAAAGGCAAAAAAUGUGAGAAUCUGAACCUAGGGCUGGGAAAAGAAGUGGGAAAUGGGUAAAAAGUCGUGGGAUGUCCCAAAUUUCCCAGUGAAAGGAAUUUCAGUGGAGAUUAUGGGUAUUAGAAGUCUCUAUCUCAGUUUAAAGCUCAUGGAGAAGUUAACAUCACGAUCAAUUUUAUGAUUUACGUUUUGUUUAUGCGAGAAGAGUGUAUACCAUUAUACGGGCAGAUUGGAGCAAAUGCCCAUUUUUAAGAAAACUUUAAGUUUAUGCUUUUGCAGCAGACUAAUCGUAAAGUUUCCUAAAAAAUGAGUUUUUGCUCCUUUGACGGGCAUAUUACCAUACGUGAGAAGAGCGUAUUUCUAUGUUUUGUUGGCGCCUUCUUGAAACAAGAGAAGCAGGAAGUCCGCACAUUUGGUGGCAGCGUUAAGACGCGCUAGGCUAAAGGAAUGUAAUCAAACGCGACCGCUUAG